GUGCGCGGGGAAGCACGUCGCCACGCGCCUGCGAUCGCCUCUUCCACGCUUCUCGCUCUUUCGGUGGUCUUUGCUCUUGCUAUCGCCCCCCCCCCACGCGCAUAGGUCCUUUCGUCGUGGGUCUAAGAAGCGCAGAGAUUAUUGUUAUUUUUUUCUUCUCGUGAGGGCUUGUGGAAAAGGUCUUUGGUCUUAGACCGGACUCGAGAUUUUUAAAAUUUAGAUUUUGCCGAAGUUUUGGUGGAUGAUAUUUUUAAAAUUCAUUUUGAUCAUUGCUGGUCUCGCCUCUUCGUCGAUAGCAAUUGAUUAUCAUUAUUAUUUUAUUAAUCAUUCCCAAAGUAGAAUAAAAAGGGAUUGAAGAAAAGAGAGAGAAAGAAAACGCAUCACAAGUGAUUUCGGAAAGUGUGGCAUCAUGAAUUGAAGAAAAGAUUCGCAGAUUGUACGGAUAAGCAGAGCCAGUAGGCCUUCCUGUGUCGCAACUGGCGGCUGCGGAUAUCGGUCCCAAGGAGAGUGAAUUGUACGAAUAAAAAGUGGCAGGAUAUAUGUUUACUAUUUGUUAUUAUUCGGUCUCGUGAAUAUUUCGCCCGUGUGACAACAACCCACGCCGACUUUAUGGAUAAAUAAAAGAAAAAAAGAAAAGAGGAAAGUGAGAGAAAAAAAAGGAAGAGAGAUACGGGGUAAAGAAUAAUAAGACGAAUAAUGGAUAUUAGCCGCCUAUAACCACCAAGUAAAAGCCAAAUAAAAUACAGAAAGAUAGUUAAGUGAAACUUGAAAGAGAGAAAAGCGCUGAAAAUCGAAUCCAUCCCAGAAAAAUAUUUUCUAAAGGGCACAAUGCGGUUGUUAACGAUGGUGGUGUUGAUGAUGGCCAUGGUGGUUAUGGUGCUGAGUGACGGAGUAGGUGGAGGAGGAGGUGGAGGUGGUGGAGGAGGAGGUAGAAGAGGAUUUGGAGCCGGGAUGAUCAGGGACCUGACGAUGAAACUGCGCCUCGUGGACAACGGGUAUGACGACGUGGUGGUCAAGAUCGAUGAAGAUAUACCGGCGACCUGGUGUAACGGCAUCUUCCUCGGCUUACAGGUAUGUGGAUACUCGAAUUCUCACCAAAGGAAAUCGAAAUAAAAUCAACAUGAUCCAGGUAAGUUAAAGGGAAAAAUAAAUGAAAAAAAGGAAGAAAGGGGAAAUGAUGAAAAUCAAUACAAUCAUGGUGAUAGUAUUGAAUAUGAUAAUAUCCCAUCAAAAUUAUCAUGAUUAUCGUUAUCAUUGUUGUUAUUAUAAUUAUUAUCAUCAUCAUCAGCAUCAUCACAAUCAUCCUCGGCAUUGCCAUUAUUAUAAUUGUAACAGGCAAUAUCUUCUAUCUAUUAAUCAUCUCCUAUAUCACAUUAUAAAUUCUAGUACUGUUUCUUUCAUAUCCAAACUUGAUUUUUACUUGCAUUGGAGGAAGAUAAAAAUAGAGAGGAAAAUAACAAACAAUGAGGAAAAACACACAUAUAUAUAGAAAUGUAUAUCUUCUUGUUACAUUUAUAAGCCCAUAGCUUUUUCUCGAUAUCUUUCCAUGUCAAAUCAAAUGAGUUAACGAAAAUCGAGUGAUGUAAAACGCACAUAUACUCUGGAAUCGUAAACUAUUACACUUCAGUAAAGAAAAGAGGAUAUUUAGGUGGAUCUAGAAUUAUGAGUCAGUGUUUUAAUAUUUACAUAGAACAAAAACCGUAAAGUGCUGAACAGACACACAAUUCUCCUCCCAUUUCUAAAUCGAGCAGGUAAAACACAACCGUAAUAAAGAGAGAAACACGCAAUACACUACGUUUCUGAGGGAAAAAUAAUCCUUUUCGUGCAGUGAUUCCAAACAAGAUCAACAAGAUAUUUUUUUCUCCAAACAUUAUUCUGUGUUAUGUUGGUUCCACAUUGUUCUGAUCUCCUGUUAUGCACGAAGCUCUUUUCUCGUGUUCGUAUGCGCACCCCAUAGUCGGUAUGAAUAGGCACUUUAUCAAACCGACGAGAACCAGCAGGAAUGUCACGCGGCCGAAUGCAAUCCCCAUUCCCAGGCUAAAGUUAGGAUUUAAUUUAGCUUGGAGAGCUAUGCGUCAGUGUCUAGGCGACCGCUCUCUGGUGUCGAGGCUGCUAACAGUUAGCUGGGGAAACUUGUAUCCAAUUACAGUGAGCGAGCAUUUGGUAUUUCGUGGUAACGCAUACUAAUGCUGAUAUUGUAAGCGACACCCCACAGUAUGAGUUAGGGGAGUAGUUGUUUACAAGGAUGAAAAAUAAUGACACAAAAUACAAAUGAAAGAACCCCGAAAAUAACUGUGAACUGUGCAUAGAUAACAUUGCUGUUGCCUCUGAUAAAAGUAAUAUAAUCAAGGAAGUCUUCAUAAUAAUGUGCAUGCUAUAAACACUGUAAUGAGAGCACUAAUGACAUCACGCUGAUGACGGCAAUAAUGAUUUAUACUGAUUAUUAAGACGAUCAUGAUAAAAAUGAUAAGAAUAAUACUAAUAACUACAAUGACAUCAAGAGUAAUAAUGAUAACAAUUGUAAUAUUUAUUAUCAUUAUAGUAAUUCAUACUAUAAUUCUGAUAGUCAAAAUAUUGAUAGAAGAGAAUAAAAAGACAUGUAUUCCGAUGAUGGAGAUAGUGAUCCCAGUAAUACUAAUGAUAAUAGGUAAAUCAACAGCAAACGCGAACAUCAAACAUAUAACAGUUGAUAAAGAUUUUCCAGGACAGGCGAAAAAGCCCUCAAGUAUUAUCUUCCAUAAGCCUCCACCAGUAUCAGUUAAGCCUAUGUACAAAUAUUACAGAUAAUUCCCUUAUCGG